CCCUGGGCGCCGGCAGUGAGGGCGCGGCGCACCAUGGACCUGGUCAUCACGCAGGAGCUGGCCCGCGCCGAGAGCCAGCACGACGAGGCCGCCCUGAGGAGGGCCUACCAGCUGAUCAAGGCGGCCAACCUGGGCAAGUCGGAGCUGGACCCGGUGGAGAGCUUCAGCCCCGACCUGUUCGUCCUGUGCGCGGAGCAGGCGCUGAAGGUGGGACAGCCCCAGGUGUGCGAGGACUGCAUCCAGAUGUACUUCAAGGUGAAGGGACCCGUCACCCAGUUUCUGGGCCGAGCACACUUGUGCCGGGCCCAGCUGUGCGCCCCCAAGUCCACGGAUGACCUGGAGCAAUUCGAGAACUGUGUGACCCAGUACAUGAAGGCCAUCAGCUUCGCCAAAGGAGAGCCCAGGUACCACUUCCUGGUGUUCAACGCGUCGGUGCUGUACUGGGAGAUGGCGCGGCCCUUCCUCAAGCCCGGGUGCCGGCACCACCUGAUCCCCAGCCUGUGCCACGUGGUGGCCGCGCUGGGCCACACGGAGGAGGAGGACAGGCUGUGGCGCGCCGAGCUGAUGCUCGAGCUGCUGGAGUGCUACCUGGAGGCCGGGCGGCGCGAGGACGCGGCCAAGCUGUGCGCCUCGGCGGCCCCGUUCAUCAGGGCCAGCGCGCCGCAGAAGUUCCGGCAGCUCUUCGCCGCCAUGGUGCGGCACGAGCUGGCGGACGCGCAGCAGCUGGACGCGGAGCGGCGCGCGGGGCUCGGCCUGUCCGCCACCUUCCACAUCAGCGCCCUCAAGGCAAAAUUGGACAAAAAUGAAUGCCCGGAAGACGUGGACAGGACGCUGCAGAAAACCUACAGGCAGCUGGGCUACUACGACCACCGGCGCUUCCCCGCCAUCCGGGAGGAGAAAACGCAGCUGCUCUUUGAACUGGCCCACCUGGCGCUGGUCCUGACACGGGCGGUGGCCGCCGACUGCCUCUCGGACCUGAAGCAAAUGGACAGCAGCGACCCGGGGCAGCUGAUCGAGAUCGAGUGCCUGGAGUGCGAGCUGGAAGCCUCCGGCCUCGAGGGCAGGAUCAAGACCUACGCCCGAGGGGCGGUGGAGGCCCAGCUGCACAUCAUCCAGAGGCUGGCCGCGGCGCUGGAGCGGGCCGUGCGGCUGGGCAGCACGCGGGCACUGCACGUGGUGUGCGCCGCUCAGUGGAACCUCUGCCUGCCGCUGCUACAGCACAACCUGCGGCACCACCUGCGCAGGCCGCUCGCCAGCAUCGCCGAGGUCCUGGAGAAGGUGGACAGCCUCAUGGUCCUGCUGCGCUGCCAAGUACACAUGGAGCUGGCCGAGCUGGACGAGGACGAGGACCGCCUGGAGCCCGCCAUGGUGCACCUGCAGAAGGCCCUGCGGCUGGACAGCCUGGGGCUCCACAGGGAGACGCUGCUCAUGGCGCUCAACCGGCUGCACCUGUGCACCGCGCUCUACCAGACCCCCGAGCACCCCGAGGACAGGGCCGUGCUGGCCAUUGAGCAGGCCAAGAAGGCCAUGCCCAAGGACAGCGUGCGGAAGAAGCGGGCCCUGCUGGUGAACGCCGGCCUGGCGCUGGCCCCCGACACCUUCCAGAUCGUGCUGGACAGCGAGAACGAGGCCAAAGUGUCCACGGGGAAGCACGGGGGGCGGUUCAGCCACCUGUUCGCGAAGGCGCGGCACCACACCGUGUGCGUGGAGAAGGCGGCGGGCCACCUGAGGCGCCUGGGGGCCAGGAACCAGCAGGAGAGGAUCCAGAUCUGGGCCGAGCUGGCCAAGGUGGCCCGGAAGCAGGGCGUGUGGGACGUGUGCCGCGCCGCCUGCCGCUUCUGCCUGCUGUACGACGGCGCCAAGGUGAAGAGGACGGCGCGCGGGAAGCGAGGGAGGAAGAAGCGCGGGGGAGAGGGCUUGAUGCUGGACUCCCAGGGGCAGCUGGAAGUCACCCUGCAGAAGCAGCUGCACCCCGGCCUGCUGCGCAAGCUGGCGGAGGUUGGGUUCAUCAGUGCCGAGGCCACUGUCCAGUUGCUGCGGUCGGAGGGCGUGGAGCUGAAUGACCGCCCCACACCGCCCGAGGACUCAAGCCAGCACGCGGCCGGCUACACGCCGGAGUCCCCUGAGGACAACACCGAAUGGCUUCUGUACAGGACCUGGAUCGAGAGCCUGUCCCAGUUCGCCAUGAGCAACUGGCUGCGUGCGGCCGAGAUCGGCCAGGAGAUCCAGGAGGCCUGGGUGGUGCAGAACGCAGUGACCUACGUCCUGAACCACAACCGCCACCUGAUAGCGGCCGGGCGGCAGAGAGAGCUGGUGGACGCCCUGCACCACCUGCUGACCAUCGUACAGGCCAUGGGCUCCCUUGGGGACCCGGUGUUGCUGGCCAUGCUCUGCAACACACUGGCCCGAGGCUUAAUCAUCAGCUGGAUCCCCACCCACACGCCCGAGAAGGCCAAGAGGCUGGGGCGGCCCAGCCCAUCCCACCUGCCCCUGGACCCGGAGGCCAUCUCGGAGGUCCAUACGGCCCUGGAGGUUUGCGAGUUUGCGCUGAGCCUCAGUGACGGGACGGUGCCCACCCAAGCCCGGCAGCAGCUCAUUGCCACCUGGGUGAAGACCAAGCAGCUGCUGCAGCAACAGAUCGGGCCUCGACUGGGCGCCGAGGACCAGGGUGCCAGCGAGGACAGCAGCAGUGUGGCGCGGGUGCUGGUGGCCCUGGAGAUGUAUUCCUGCAACGGGCUGGGCCUCAUGGACUUCAUCGUGCCCGCCCUGCCCCAGGUGGUGAAGAUGGCCACCGAGAGCAGCUGGUCAGACCCCGUGGUGGAGCUGCAGGCACUGACCAGGCUCACCCAUUUUGCCUAUGUGGCCCGGGACCACGAGACCACCAUGGCCUGCUCGCAGAGGGCCAUCCAGAUGGGCAUCAGGCACCUGAGGACGCUCAGCCCGGCCGACGCGGCCCUGGUGGCUGAGAUGCUGAGCGCGGCGGCCUGCGCCCAGGGCAGGAGCAUCAUGGAGCACCUGAAGGGGAGGAAGCAGCUGCGCCUGGCGGCGUCCAAGGCCUUCAUGGAGAGCGUGAGGUUCGGGGGCCUGGCGGGCAGCGGGGCGCUGGUGAUGCAGGGCGCGCGCCACUACUGGAACUCGGUGCUGCCCGCGCUGGGCUCGGGGGGCCGCAGGCAGGUGCAGGGCGCGGUGCAGAAGGUGGUCGGCAUCAUCAACAGGACGGAAGCCGGAGAGCAGGUAAAAGGGAAAACGCUGCAGCUGCACCAGUGGCCCGCGGCCGACUUCCAAAGCGCAGGCAGCACCGAAGGCUACUUUCUCCCGGGCACCGAGGAUGACCUGUCCCUGCGCGUGGCCCUGUACGGGCUGCUCUUCCACAGCCUGGCCGACCGUGAGGACUGGGAGGGCGGCCUCAAGCUGCUGGAGGAGGCCGCCCAGGUGCUGCCGCGCUCGGCCCACCGCCUCUUGAUCUUCAAACACAUGGUCAUCGUGAAAGCCAAGCUGGGCCAGAGCUUCCUAAUGGAGAUGCAGAAGUUCAAGGACCAGAGCGAGGACUACUUGGCGCGUAUGUGGCACCGCCUGGCGCUGAGCUCCAGGACCAUCGCAGGGACGCUGUCCUGCUACCACAAGGCCAUCCACGCCCUGCAGAAACCCGAGAGCGCGUGGCAGAAGGUGGACUACAUCGUGGAGUUCAGCCAGUGGCUGUACACACAGCAGUUCCCCAUGGAGGACCUGCUCUUCCACCUGAAGUGGGCUGUGGACAUCCUGCUGGGCAUGCCAGCCCCACCAGGCCCACCAGAGGAGGCGGCCCCGGAGAGGCCGGCGUCCCAGGGCGGGGCCCCACCGUUCCUGGGGAGGCUGCGGAGCGUGCGGCAGCUGGAGGCCCUGGCCCGCACCCACACCCUGCUGGCCCUGACCGUGUCGCCCAGCUCGGCGCUCCACCGGGACUGCUGCCUCCUGGCCUGCGCCUUCCUCCAGCGCGUCUGGCAGGUGUCUCUGUCGGCCGCGAGGAAGUCCCUUUCGGAGAGCAGGACUUUGGCGGCGGGCGGUUCAAACGCGGCCUUGCCCAAGAAAGAGAAGGAGAGGAAGGAGGCCAAGGAGAAGGGCAAGGACCCCGCGCAGCCUCAGAGCCCGGCUCCCGGCAAGCAACUGGAGGACCUGCCGGCCAGCACGCAAGAGUGGGCCCUCUACUCCUGCCCGGAGGACGUGCUGUCCGUGUUCAGGCAGGACAAGAGCAGCUGCACCGUCAACCCCCUCACCAUCCAGAAGCCGGCCUGCACCCUGUACUAUCUGGACCGCCUGGCCAGCGCCCUGCAGCGGAUGAGCCUCCACGAGCUCGCGGUCCCGGUCCUGCAGCUGGCCGUGCUGGUCGCGGGCUGCGUGGUGGACAGCAGGAGCCUGGGGGACCUGUACCACCUGCGACUUGCCCUGCUUUGCUCGAAAUUGAAGUUGAGGGACGCGGCCGCCUACCACGAAGAGGUGGUGGGGCAGACGUACAUGGGGGAGGCGGAGCAGGCCAGCUGCAGGAGAGACAUCGCCGUGAGGAAGGAGAAGCACAAGGAGCUGCUGCUGGACGACAGCCUGACCGCGCUGCCCACGCCCGCCGCCCCAGUGCAGGACAAGAUGCUGCAGCUGAACGGGGAUGCUGGAAGAGGCCUGGCGGGGACGUCCCUCCCGCAGCUCUGGGUCCUCAAAGCAGAGGUUCUACUGGAGCUGGAGCUGCACCAGCCUGCGCGGCUGCUGCUGUCUGAGGCCUACCUGGCUUUCCAGGAGCUCGGCGACCGGUGCGCGGAGGCCGAGUGCCUGCACCUGCUGGCGCGGCUGGCCAACAAGGAGCGGCGCCACGGCCAGGCGCGGGCGCUGGUGGAGGCGGCGCAGCUGCGGGGCGGCGGCGAGGAGUUCUGGUACCGCUCCACCCUGACUCUGGCGGAGGCGCUGCUGGGCGAGCAGGGCUCGGGGUGUGCGGAGGUCUGCCAGCUGUUCCAGAAGCUCAUAGACGUCUUCAAGGCUCUGGAGACAGAGAGACCCAACCGGACGCCCAUGCUGGAGUUCAUGGCCGCGGACCUGGAGGCCAGGGGUGUGAGCCUGCGUGUCAAGGCCGCACAGGAGCAGGCGGGCAGGGCCCCCCGUGAGCACCUGCUCCUGCUGGGCGAACUGGACAGCUGCUUGGCGGCGGUGGAGCAGAAGUUCAUCAGCUGCGGCCGCAGAGACAAGUGUGUGCGUGUGCGGCUGGAGCGGGCCGAGGUCAAGAGGCUGUGCGCCCGGGGCGAGAAGGACAAGGAGCAGCAGGCGGUCCUCUACCUGGACGCUCACGCCCUGGCCCAGGGGGCCGUGGCCGAGGAGGAGGAGCGGCUGCACGGCCUGCGGGGCCUGCUGCCCUCGUCCCAGGAGAGCGUGAGCACGCCCCUGAUGAGGAAGCUGGCCGGCCUCAAGCUGCGCCUGGCCGAGAGCAGCCUGGACACGCUGCAGAUGGCCUGGCAGGAGGACCAGCAGCAGCAGCUGCAGCAGAGCUCUCUGGACAAUCUGCUGAUCGGCUACCUGCAGAGCAUGAGGGAGGACACCCCGGUCGGCCUGAGGUGGCUCACGCUGAAGCGGACCCUGGCCCACACAGCGCUGGCACAGCUGGAGAGCCUGCAGCCCCUGUGUGCCGGCUGCCCCGAGAUGCAGGCCCAGCGGCUGGGCCUGGCCGGGAGGGCCCUGCACCUGCUGGCCCAGGAGGCCGACCCCCUGCCCUCCGCCUUCUGCUGGGAGGAGCGCCUCCUGGUGUCUGCAGGUAUCGGGAGGAGCACAGCAGCGGCUCGGCACCCGCCCCACACACCCGAGGAGCAGGGCAGGAGGGGCUGGGACCUGAAGAGGAGGAUGGCGCUGGCCCAGCGGUACCUGGCCCAGGCGUCCGAGGUGCUGCUGCAGGGCCUGCAGGCAGCCCUGGGUAGCGGUGCGCUGGCCGUGGCGGCGGCCGCCAGCCUGGAAUUGGUGGAGUGUGUGGGCUCCCUGGACCCGGUGGCCACCUGCCAGUUCCUGGCACUGUCCCAGAGCUGCGAGGCGGCGGGCGCUAUGCGGGACGUCCUGCUCAGAGCCACAGCGGACACCAGCAGCUCUCAGCUGGCUGCACUGCUGCAGCUGGAGCACAGGCUGCUGUGCCAGGGGCGCACGGGCACCCGGCUGCUGGCCAGCGUGCAGCAGAGGCUGGCUGCCACGGCCAAGGCCUGGCAGAGCCUGGCCGUCACCGAGCAGCACCUUAACCUCCUGAGCGACAUUCCUCUCUCCUUCCGGGUCCUCUUCCUGCACCACGCGCCCGACUGGACCCACCUGUACGGAGCUGUCUACGAGCGCCCCAAGCUGGUCCCGGCAGCCAAGGGGAAGCUGGUGCCCGUGGGAGGCCUCUGCAAGGUGGCCCGGGUGGCCGUGAGCCCGGAGGCCUUCUCCUCCCUGUUGGCCGGCGCCCAGCAGUUCCGGGAGCGGACAGAGGCCGAAGUGUACGGGGAGGGCAUGGCCCCGGGCCCAAGCUCGGCUGCUGACGAGGAGGAGACGCCGGAGCCCGGAGAGGGGCCCAGCGCGCGGGCGCUCCGGGGGCUGCUGCAGGCUCUGGAGGACUACCUGUCGCCGCUGCUCCCGCUGCUCAGCUGUGCCGAGGCCAGGGUGCAGGCUCCCGCGGCGGCGGUGGACGUCGGGAAGCCCAAGGGCAAGGACAAGGAGAGGAAGCCGUCCCUGUCCCAGGCUCCGCCCGAAGCCGCGGACAGCGUCAUCCUGGUGGCCGACCGGCGCCUUCUGGAGCUGCCGCUCGAGGGCCUGUCCUUGUUGAGGGAGGCCGGGGUCUCCUCCGUGGCGCGGGACUUCUCCCUCCAGAUGCUGUGCAGCCGCCUCCGCCGGGAGGAGCCAGAAGGGGGCGUGAAAAAGGAGAACCGGGCCAAGGACCUCAGGAAGAGAAACUCGAGCAGGAAGAGCAAGAAGGGCACGGCGCCCCGCGUCGUCUCGCAGGACUGCUCUGUGGUGGACGCAGACGGCUUCAAGUAUGUGGUGGACCCCUACGAGGAAGCCCAGGGCCAGGAAAUGCUGGCCCCUGUCUCCAUAACCCGGAACAUUCUGGAAAAAUUCCGAGACACCUUCACUGCGAGGUGGACUGGACAUCUGGGAAAAAAGCACUUCCCAAGCCAGGCCGAGUGGGAGCAGCUCCUGGGCAGCUGCGAAGGCUUCCUCUUCUACGGGAUGGAGAGCUUCCUGUCCCACCUGCGGGUGGAGAGGCUGGCGGCCAUGAACCUGCAAGAGUGCCAGCUGAUGGUCCUGCUGGACCUCGCCCGGUCCCCGCAGAGCAUGUGGAGGCACACGGCGUCCUCAGAGAGCAAGAGCGCCGUCCAGCUGUCCUUGGAGGAGCCCAUGGAGGCGGCCAUCCUCCUCAGCCUGGUCGGGGUCCGCAGCAUCGUGGGGAACCAGUGGCCCACACUCCUGCAGCACAACGCUCUGCGCGCCACCCUCCUGUGGGAGAGCCUGCUGGCCGCAGGCAGGCCCAUCGGGAAAGCCGUCCGCCUCCUGCAGACCCUGGGAGCUGGCGAUGUGGCCCAAAAAGAGGAGACUCUCCAGACCUCCAAGGACCGGGCGGCACCCCUGCAGCCCCAGCUCGGCAGCUCCGCCCGGCUCCCCGCCGCCCUCAACCUGGUGCUGCUGGGUCCUCGGUCCUGGAGCUGAGACAGCGGCUGGUGGUUUGGGAAGGCAGUGUCCGGGGACCCCCCUCA